UUUUCCCCCUUUUUUAUUAUUAUUUUACCCUUCUCUCUCUCUUCUUUCUCAUAGCAGUUGCAGUAGUAGUAGGCAGGCAGGGCUUGGAGUAGUAUUCCCUUCUUGUUUCUUUUUACACACACACACACACACACAGCUCGAGUUUUUAUCAGAGAGACAAGACAAGACACACGCCACGCACACAGGGAGAGAGAGCGACAGGGCUUUUUUUUUUUUUUCAAAGGCAGAUUUCUUUUAUGGCGUCCUCAUCGGGAUCGUCCUCGUCCACGUCGUCAUCAGCAUCCCCUCCUCUCUCAGCACUCCCUCCUUCUCUACACCCACAACAACCACAACCACAACAGUAUCCUACGAUGCGUCCCCUCCCACCGUAUCCGCCUCCUCCUCCUCCUCCUCACUAUCCACAGGGUUACGCUCAGUAUCGUCCUCAUCCCCUCAUGUCGACGCAUCAUUCUGCUCCCAUCCCUCCACCACCGCCCCCACCCCACGCUCACCACCAUCCGCACAUGCACCCAUACCCAAUGCCCAUCCUCCACGGACAAUACCCGCCUCCUCCUCCAGUUCAUCCACAACAACCACAACAACCACAACAGCCGCAGCAGCACUAUGUGCACUACCCACAAGGCUCGUCGAUUCCACAACCGCGUCCCAUACCCAGGCCGCCGCAGCCGCAAUCCAGUAAUCCCCCAUCGCAUCAUCACCACCACCAUCACCACCAUCCACAACAACAACCGCCAGAACAGCAGCAAGCACCACAAUCGCAACAAGGAUCGCAGCAACCCUCACAACAGGGACAAUCGUGUGCGGCGGUGACUGGCGGCAGCAGCUGCUCUACUCAACAAUCAGAACAACAGAUUCAUGCCCACGAUGCUGCGCACAAGACGAGGCAACCGCAUCCCACGCCCGUCUCGCCCACAUCCGCCAAACCUUCUCUCUUGGCCGACGCAAAGAGCCCCACACCGCUACAAGACAAUGACGACUCUGACCACAUUUCCGGUGCCUCGUCAUCCACUGCAUUGACAACAACAACGCCGGCAACAACAACGUCCAGCGGUGUUCCCGAUUUUGUCAAAAAGCUCUUUAGAAUGCUCGAAGACACAUCCUAUGCCGACAUUGUCUCGUGGGGUGUACAUGGUGAUACCUUUGUCGUCAAAGAACCUAAUGAAUUUGCCAAAAAUGUCUUGCCAAAGCAUUUCAAGCACAAUAACCCGGCGAGUUUUGUUCGGCAGUUGAACAAGUAUGGCUUUCACAAGAUAAAGAGUCAGGACGAUGGGAGGCUUUAUGGAGAUCAGGCUUGGGAAUUUCAGCAUCCAAAUUUCCAGUACAACAAAAAGGAAAUGCUUGAAUCCAUUCGUCGCAAAACGCCCGCCUCCAAACCAAAGACGGUUGCGACGACAGGCAAUGGCCCGGCCUCUGGUGUGCAGGACGCCUUGACCACCGAGCUGCGCAAAGAUACCAAUGACUUGCAAACCCAAGUAGACAGUUUGACCAAAUUGCAGUCUGACAUUGCAUCGUAUUUGCAAGGACUGAGCCGCAACUAUCGCAUGGUGGUCGAAGAGAUUCUCAAUUUCAGGAAAAACAUGGUGGCCCAAGAUCAGGUCAUUCGCAACUUGGUGGAUUACAUUGUUGGAAAAGAUUCUGCGAACGAAAAGUUUCAGCUGCCCAACGCAUCGCGGAUGGGGCUGCCGUCAGCAUCAGCAGAAGCGUCCACCGUGGCCGACGAGAGCUCACCUUUUAUUACACCGUUUGCCUUUACAAAGACGUCGAUACCCUCGUCAUCACCCCUGUCCCAGGCCUUUAAUGGCCUGCAACCCGACCUCAACAUGAACACCAUCAUGAACCCGUCGGCACUGGAUUUGCCAAAAGAGCAGGCCCAAAAACUAUUGACAACGUAUCAACAAGUCGCACGAGCGAGUUUCCACCAAAUGAAUGAAAUUAGCCGUCAUGUCCGGGAGGCCUAUGGCAUGAUGCAGACGCCGCCUCCUGGCUUGAGCCCCACGCCAACGGAUAAUGUGCCCAUAGACGCUCGCUCUGGGGAAGGCUUUUUAAAUGGAGAUGGUGUCAGCGGACCCAACGUUAGUGGCAGUAGCAGCAGCAGCAGCAGCACGACGGCUGCAAGUAGUAGUACGAGUGCGGGUUUCUCGGCCAGCGCGGCAUUUGCUUCCCAAUUGAAUUCUCAAUUGAUGCAAACCCAACAACAAGGCGGAUUGACCGUGUUUACCGUGGGUGGAUUUGCACCUCGGCGGGACGAUGGCGUGGACGAAGGAGACAGUUCGGGAACGGGAACGGGGGGAUCCCCGCGGCCUCCCAACAGUAUGCGCGUCACGAGGGCCACCUUUGUACCUCCUUGGUCUGUUCCACCCAAAGUCCUCUUGGUAGAAGACGAUGUGACCUGCCGCAAACUCUCGAGUAAAUUAUUGCAAGUCUUUGGGUGUUCGUUUGAUGUUGCCGUGGAUGGACUAGAUGCUGUGGAGCGCAUGAACGUGGGCAACAAGUAUGAUAUUGUUCUCAUGGACAUUGUCAUGCCAAAUUUGGAUGGAGUAACCGCCACAAACCGUAUCCGACAAUUUGAUCAACUGACGCCCAUCAUCUCCAUGACGUCCAAUACAACCGAAAAUGAUUGUAUGACGUACCUUGCGAAUGGGAUGAACGAUAUUUUGGCCAAACCCUUUAACAAGCAUAGCAUGUUAUCCAUGAUUGAGAGAUACUGCAACCACCUCGUUGGCCAACGCGCCGCCGCCCUCGGCAUCCCCCCCGCCAUCGCCCAACGCCGCCUCCUCCAACCCGAACCCAGCCGCAUUGAAGAAGUUGCAGAAGACGAACCCAUGGACCUCAAAGACCCCCUCUUUUCUGAAUCCAACUUUACCGACAUGCUCAACAUGCCCAUGGGCGAACUAGGUGGCCUCGGCAUCCAACCCUUUCAAUACCUAUCCCCAUUGGAUCUCGACUCUUUUGAUGGGUUGAAUGCCCCUGCGAGUGAUUCAGAGAGUUCGCUGAGUGGAUCUCCAAUGGAGAGAGCCGAGAUGGAGGAAUUGGGGUACGAGUUUUCGGGACGGAAACGAGAGGCUUGUGAGUUGGGGUUGGCGAUUGGGAUGGGAGUGAAGCGACGGAGGGCCUGAGCUGUUUGAUUGUUUUUGUUUUUGUGUGUUGUUUUGUUGAGGGGAUACCAAUGUUUUAUCUUUUUGUUUGUUUGUGGUUUUCUUUUUUGUUUUUGUUCUUGUGGGGGAUACGGGGGCGGAAAACUUGAAAACAAUGAGAAAAGAAGAAAAAAAAAAGACGAGGAGGAGGGUUUUUGGAUAUCGGGGUGGUGUGUUUUCGAAUUCUUACUGUAAAUGAUUUUAUCUUUAUGUUUUUUUUUUUUUGUGUGUGUGUGUGUGUGUGUGUGUGCUGUUGUUUUGUCGAGUGUUGAUUUGUUCUUUUUAAAAGAAUAAAAAAAAAACGAUAUGGAUUUCUUUAA